AUGACAACAGAAAGGUUUAAUUACUUUGACGAUCAGAAAAGAAAUCCAAAAGGAGAUAGAUUCAAAUGUACAGCAUGUGACAAAAUACCAAACCAAGUCAUCAGAGACAAGAAUGAAACAGACAUUCCCACUACAGAAUUGGAAAUCCUGGAAAUCAUUAAUGCUAUAGAAAAAAUUGAGGAAUUAUCUACUCUUGAGAAAGAAAAAAUGAAACUUAGCUACCAGUCAAAAAUAAGAGACGCCACAAAAUUCUUACACAAAAAAUUCACCAUUUUAAUCUAUCACCUAGGACGCAUAGAAAAGGAGAACUUAAUGUUAAAAUACAAGCUCCAAUCCACACAAAACUACACACCAGAAAAAAAAUCAAGUACAAACCAAAUGGAAAAUAACAAAUUUGUUAGUUUAAAUAGAGACACAAAAAUAGAAACACAAAAGAAAAAGACAUAUGCAGAUGUAAUAGUGCCAAGAAAUUUUGAACAGGAUGAAAUGAUAGACUUAAACAAAGCAGGAUGGACAACUCCAGAAAAUAAGAAAAGGCAUGAAACUCUUAUAAAGGUAAAUAGUACUACAGACUCAAAGGAAGCAGUAAAAAAGCUUAGAAAAGAAAUAGACACCAAAAAUACAGAAGGAGGUUUUAGAACAAUACGUGCAUUAAAAAAUGGUACAGUUUUAGUAGAGAGCCAUACAAAGAGCCAACAAGAUAAAUUGAAAAUAGAGUUGCAAAACAAGAAUGACAUAUCUGUCAAAGACGCUCAGAGCUAUAACCCUAUGUUUUUAAUUACAGGAAUUGAGAAAGGAUAUCAGGACAGUGAACUCCUAAAUGAAAUAAUUAGGCUAAAUAUAAAUGAGGAAACGAUAGAGGAACUUGGAAGAAAUAUUGAACAAAAAAUAAACAUUGUAGCGAGAAAACAGUGCAGGAAUCCAAUGAAAGAAAACUUGGUACUUCAGGCCCCACCAAAUAUAGCAAAAUGGUUUCUGAAAAAGCAAGUGAUUGAUUUCGACUUAGUAAAAGUGCACAUCAAAGAACACUUUAACUUGGCCGUGUGUUUUAAAUGCUGUGGUUUUGGACACGUAUCAAAGUACUGCACUGGAAAAGACUGCUGCCAUAAAUGUGGAGAAGAGCACGCAAGAAAAGAUUGCACAAAAGACGAUUGGAAAUGCCCUAACUGCAACAAAAUGAAAUAUAUACAUAUGUUUGGGUCUCGUGCUGAAUGA